AAGCAUCAUCAUUGGGGACGGUCAAGAAAAAAUCGGAAUAAACGCAAUUUUCUUGAUAAAAUCAUUGGUAGUCACAAUACUAACCAAGAGAGUGAAGAUUAUGAAGUGGCGACCGAUGAUGAAGUAUGGACGUUACACUUUGGCAAUCGACCAACAACUGUAGCGGGAUCAAAUACGGUUCCCAAUAAACAGGAAAAUAUGAAAAAUUUAAUGGCUGCGAACACAGAUAUGGAAUCUAAUGCUUCGGAUCAAAAUAGCUUGGAAACAACUGUAGAAAUGUUGAAUAAACCAGAAGUUACAACAGAAAAAUUUAAAAUUCAGUUUUCGUCAUUGAAACCUGAAGAUUCAUCUAUUUCAAUAGACAAUAAGGCAACUUUUAAUUAUGCUAUAAACGUGUCACCAUUUGGGGCCAACAUGAAUUCUAAGUAUCAGGAAGGUUCUACAAUAAAUUCACACAUAGGUGAGAUUAAAACAUAUUCUCCACCUGUUUUCGUUUCCUUCCGUUGACAACAUCUAGUGGUAGUAUAUUUGACACUGAUUUUAAAGCUUCGGUAGGUCCGUCUUUUAAUAAUGGAAUAAAAGUAUAUACCCCGUCGGAUGUUUUACUUAUAACUACUACCGACCAGACUAACAUUGAUAUCGAAAAUAAAGGUGAUUCUUAUAUAAGUGGUUUGAAACAAUAUUCGCCCCCGGUUUUUGCGACAUUGGCUAAUCCCAUUAGUACAAAAACUAUAGUUGUAAAUGAAUUUAAAACUGCUACGAUGAAUUCAAAAAUUUUGGAUGAUGUUCCGGAAGCUCCUACGAUCAUUACAUUAUUACCAAAAUCAUCAGCAUCUAAAAAUGGAGAUGAUUUUCAAUCAAAACUUAAUGAAAAUGAAGUAUUUUUAGAAGAAAAAUUUACAAUACCCACUGAUAAAACACAUUCAAAAGAAGAGGAAGUAACAGUUACAGGAAAUUUUCCAAGUGAAGCUGAGUUUUCUAUGACUACUAUUAAAAUACCUUAUACAACAAAUUGGAAACCUACUCCUCCAGAUCAUCUGCCAGAUGAUCAAAACAUGUUGACUCCUGUUGACCAAAUUAACUUCCAAGAAACCACUGGUAUUUCAAUAAUAGAUCAAACUUAUGAUAAAAACUCAGUGAAUGCUGGAUCAACCGACGAAUACGGUAAAUUGCAAACUAUUCAAUUAGUAGCAGAUAAAACAAUUAGAAUUGGAAAAUCUUCUCCAGACGUUGAAAAAACUACAAAUGCAUUAGAAGAAGAUGAAAUUACCAAGGCUACUGUCGAAUAUAUGAACGAUGACGAGAAAGAUCUUGAGGAUGUAGAUGCAGAGGAUGGUCCCAAAGGGAAAGUGAAAGGGACUACUAUUUUAAUGUCUGGCAAAAACAUGUCAGAAAAUUCAAAAUAUUUAGCUUCUGUUGAUGAAGGAUCUACUACAAUACCAACGAUGUUUGAAGAAGAUGAGAUGUUUUUAAAUGCCAUAAGAGUAUCAACAAAAAAGCAUAAACAACAUUCCAACAAAUCACAUCAUAUGUGGAGAUUUGGAAAGAAGUCAAAGACUACAGCGGGCUUAUAUAACAUUACAUCUGUGAGUAAUGAGCUUUUAAAUACCCAGGAUAUUGACGAUGCUCUUUUGGAAAAACAAACAACUUCCGCUAAAAUGUUUAACUCGACUACUAUUACUGACAAGUUAACUGGUAGCUUAAACUCGAAAUCAAUAACUGCUAAUGAUAUCACAUCUUCUUUGAAUGGCGUGAAGGAAAUUACUGAAAAUGUUGAAAGUACAAUUCUUCAUACUAGUGCUGGUACUACUGUGCCUAUAACAGAAUCAUUGACAACACCAGCAAAAAUAAGUACAGAAAAGCUAUAUGAAGCAUCUGGUUCAGAUGUAGAAAAUUCAAAUACAAUCUCUGAUACUAUUGUACUUACAUCAACAAAGGAUUCAGCUACAAAUAGCAUAAGUGCAACUGCUGUGACAGAUUCUUCUACUGAAUUAUCUUCUUCAAGUAUCAGUGCAAGUGAAACAAAAAUUUCAGAAAGUACAUCAACUUCUUUAUCCCCUAGUUCUGAAAGCGUUAUUAUUGAAACUACCACGCCUUUUUUAGUAAUGGGUACUUCUGCUUUGAUGGGAGAAAACACAUCUACCCAAUCGUAUAACAGUGGCAGUAAUGAUACUACAACCGAAUCUGAAUUUCAGCAGAAUCAAACAGAAGGAAAUGUUUCAUAUACAGAAAAUAAUGGACACAAUGAAAAUAUUUUAGACGGGGAUAAAAAUGUAUCUCAUAAUGAAGGUAGCUCGACUGGAGAUGUUAGUGUUAGUACUCAGGCAUUAUUGGAUAUAACUACCACCAGUUCUUUGGAAUCGACAAACACGGAAUCAGCAACUGUCACAACUGUUUCGGAAAACGACUUAAGUACAACAUCAGUUGCUAAAAAUUCAUCAGAUAGUUCUGGCAUAUUAUCAACUGUUGCUACUGCGGUUAAUCUCAAAGAAGACAAAUCGAGUGCUCUAUUAGAAAUUUCAGAAUUUGGAACAAGUGAUUCUACCUUAAGUACCACAACACAACAACAAUCUUCACUUUAUUUUAGUGAUGACACUAUUAAGAAAUCUACAUUGUUCCCUGAAACAUCAACUGAAGGGAGUGGUGCAGAAUCCCUGAAUACAAACGUAGUUGAGUCAAAAACUACAGAAUCAUUGUCAACAUUUUCCAAUAUAUCAACAUAUACCAAGGAGGAUUCUCUUUUAGCUUUACAAAAUUUCCAAUCUCCAUCAUCACUAAUUCCUUUUGUAGAAGUCAAUUCAACCACUGAAGCCGCUGAAAAAACAAUUAAUGUGAUAACUACUAUGGAUAACUCAUUGAACAUAUUUAAAGCCACAAGUCAUACAAUGCAACCAUUUGAAGAAAAUGAAUUUAUGGCAAAUACAUACUCAAGAAAUACUGAAACGUACUUUACAACUGAACAGAGCUUGCAAUCAAAACAAUUUGCAAAUGGAAUCGAAACAACAACAAAUGCAAUAGCAAUGAUUGAUGAUUUGUUAAAAAUUUUUCAAUCAAGCACCAGUCCUCCAAAAAAUUUGCCAGAAAUACUUAAGGACGCUUUGGCAUCUGCAAAAUUAAAUCAAAACCACACUACUGCAUUUGAUUUAUUUAAAUAUUUAAGUACAUCACCUCAAGCCACGACAGAUUUGAUUACGUUAGACUCGUAUUCUACCUCACUAUUAAAUUUGUUACAAGAUCAGACAACUUUCGGAAUGUCAAUAUUUUUGGAACCUACGACUACCACGACUACCUCUAAGGAAACAACAUUAAUUCCAUCUAGUACUAACGCGGCUACAUCUCUAUCCAUGGUGUCUGAUAGAACACAUAAAUUAGAACUGGAGAAAAUACCAGGAACAGUUUCUACAGUUUUAACUGGUAGUACUUUGAAACAACAAGAACAAUUAAGAACAACUAAAGCUCCCAACUUUCCAAAUAAACCUCACAAAAGCGAUAAUUUUAACAAUAAACUUAAAGAGCAUCACAUACAUGAAGCAUAUUCAUCGGGGUCGGGUUUCAAAGCAGAUCAUGGUAAAUAUUAUAUAGGAAGUGAGUUCAUUCCUGAACACGGCCACAAUUCUUCAAUAAAUGUUCCAACUUCAAAUACAACGCUUCGAAAUAAAAUAUCGGUCACAGAUUCUGAAUUUAAGAAAUUAACAAAUGCAGAAAUUCUUACUAAAUCAUUUAGUACAGCAACAGACACAAUUCGUCCAAACGUUAAAUUUCAUUUUUCAAAUAAGACACAUGCAGAAGCCAAAGAAGAAAGAAUUAUAGUAUCAAGUUCUACAUUUACUGUGGCGUCUACAGAUUUCGUAGGUUCAGAAGAUUUAGAUUAUGGCAAUCAAGACGAUAGUGGGAACGAUACAAAUAUUACGGAGAUUAGUAAAACAUCGGUAGAAAUGACUACAGAUUUGCUAAAAACAACUGUUGAGUAUGUAGAACCAAAAACUAAAACAACACAUAAACACAAGCAUAAUUGGUUGGGUCGAAAAUCUAAAAUAUCGACUCUUCCUCCUUAUGUCGGUGAAACUGUAACAAGUCCAGAUGAAGAAGAGGAUUUAAUGGAUUCCUCACAAUUAACGAAUUCUUUAAUUCAUGCUUCUGAAUAUACAACGGAGGAAAAAUCCAGUGUAGGUGGGUUGACAAUGCAAACGUCUACAAAGGGUGUGGAUACUUUAAAUUCUAAUAUUCCUGGAAUUGAUUCGCAAGUUCUUGAUGCGAGUGAUCAUUCAAAGUCAAGUACAUACUUUAUUUCAAGUAACACGGAGGAAUCUCUGUUUAGUAGCACAUUGGACAACGGAUCAAGCGUUUAUUCUGAAAUUAUUAGCAGUGGAGAAAUUAAUAAUACCUCAGUGAAUACAGAAACUACGACCAAAAAAAUAGAAGAAAUCUUUACUCCAUCAAAUAUAGAUGCAGAAAAACCUAUAUCAGAAACAUCUGAAGUUUCUAAAAUAGGAUCUGAGUCUUUGAUUCUUUCCGGCUACACUGGUAGUAAUAAAGAAACAAAAAUAACGAAUAUAGAUUCAGAAACGACUAUAUCAGAAACAUAUUCAAUUUCAAAUAUUGUAUCUGAGUAUUCGACUUUUUCCGAGUAUACUGGUAAUAAUGAACAAACGAUAAUCACGAAUAUGGAAACAGAAACGUCUAUGCCAGAAACAUCUAUAGUUUCUGAAAUUGCAUCUGGGUACCCGACUUUUUCAGACUAUACUAGUAGCAAACUAAUCUCGUCCAAAAUAAAUGAUACGAUUGUAUCAAAUAUUACAGAAAGAACAGAAAUAUUUAAAACUGCAUCAGAAAUUUUAGAAGUGGUCAGCACCAGCUUUAUGGAAUCCACUGUAUCAAGAUAUGAUAUAGAAAACAAAAUUAGUUCGGUUUUUGAUGAAACCACUGGUUUAACUCUAAACCAAGAUGAUGUUACUGAUUUUAUCACUGAUAUUUUCUUAACCAAAACAACUUUACCAACAUAUGAUUUAGAAAACAAAACAAGUACUGAUUUUCUUGAAACAACAGCUUUAAGUGAAAACCAGGGCAAUAUUACCACCUUUAUUGCUGACAUUCUAUUAACCGAAACUUCUACAAAUAUGUCUAUGGAAUCUGAGGUUACUACAACUAAUGAAAAUCAACCGUUCUUCAAUUCUUCAACAUUGAUCGAAGAAAGAAGUACAACACUGAACCAAGUUGAUAGUCUAUUUACAAGUACUACUUCAAAGAUUGAUGAUCAAUUGACAACCUUAUUCAGUUCAUUAUCGGUUUAUGAUUCUACGGAAAACAUUUUAAACUCUGAUGUAGAACCUGAAAUACUAACAGUAGCAUUUUAUUUCAAAAAUGCCACUUCAUUAGGUACUGCAUUUUUCCCAAGCAGUACUUCAAAUACUUCCGAAACAGCAUUAAUAAAUAUUUCUGAAAUACCAAGCAACACCACUCAUUAUUCCGAAAUAACUAUCAGCACUAUUUUUAAUGCCCCAAGUGCCGAUUUGUCUACCAAAACCGAAACUGAAAUUAGUAUUGGCAAUGCUAUUAACGCUGGAGCGGUCAAUAUUACUGAAAACGUCUCUACCAUUUCGAUGACUACCGAAAAUUCACAAUUAACAAAUUUAAAUUUUGUAGAGAAAAUGAUCAGUACUACAGGUUCUGAACAGUUAAUGUCACAGAGUGCGUCAAACAUAAUGGAAUCAUCUUCAAAACUAUUUGAAGGGACUGAUGCGAACCGUGUCACCGUUACACCAGUAAUAAUGCUAUUUACACCGGCAACUGGUAUAGUUUCAAAUUCUAAUGAAGACAUUUCUUUCCCAGUAAACAUAAAAAUGUUGCUAGAAGCAGCUGAAAACGAGAAUCAUGCAUCACUUGUAAGUGUAACAACAGACACUGCAAUAACUGAAGGGACGGGUAUAACUGAUUCUACAAAAUCUGAUGUUAUUAGUACAAAAUUAGAUAAAACUGAAGCAGGGACUUCCAUUACUGAAACCAUAACUAUUGAAAACAGAUUAGAAACAGCAACAACUCUUUCUAGUAGUUCUACAAGGACUAGCGAACAAAUACAAACAGAUGAAGAAAAUUCAGGGAACGGAACGCCAGAACGUACACAAAGUGAAGGGUCACAAAAUAUGAAGAUGGUUGACUUAAACUCACAACCACAAACAAGUACAAUAUUACAAAUCAGUGUAACAACCAAUGAUGCCACAGAGUCAUCCGAAAUAAUUACAACUACUACAAAAGUGGAAACAUCUACAAAGACAGAACUUCCUUCCAACGUAAACGCAAGUGAAUAUUCAACAGAUACUUCCAGACUUUCUACACCUACUUCUAGUACCCUUGCAGAAUCUGUAAUUAAUCAUAUAAGUUCAACAACUGAGACAGAAACACCAUUUUCAGAACUUACUACACAAAUUAGAACGGAACAGUUUACGAAUUCUUCAAGUUUUCAGACCGAUAGUUCGUUUUCUUCAACCGAAGUAUAUUAUACAAAUGCACUAUCAAAUACUCUAGAAAAUACCAAGUUAAACAUGAAUACUUCCAGUAAUUUAAUAGAUUCGCAUAGCACAGACAGUUUAACCAGUGAUGAAACCAUUUUCUCAAGCGUGGAAUUAGGCAGCUCUUCUUCAAAUACAGAAUAUGCUACCUCCACAAUUUCUGCAAUUAAAUCUAAUAUUGUCACAGAAGCAGUAAUUACACAACAGAGUUCAACAACUGAAUAUAGCACCCAAUCUGCGGAGGUAUCAGUAGAAACACCAUCUGACACACUUUUAACUUCAAGCGGAGAACUUCCCACCAAUUCGGACGUGACAAAUCAAUUAGCUCAAUCUUCUACAACUUUGCAUUCUAAAACAAGUUCAAGUUCUGCUUCAGACUCAUCAACCAUGCACGUCAAUUCAACAACAGAAGAAAUAAGUUACGUAACAAAUGCACGACUACAUUAUACGGAAUUGCCAAUAACAAAACCCCAAGAAACAACUACAGAAAUACUUACAAAUGCUGAAUAUGCUACAAAUACGUCUACAAUUUCUACAAUUGCUUCCAUCCAAUCAGUUUUUACCCAACAAAGCCCAACUACUGAAUUUAGCAUACAAUCUACGGAGUCAUCAGUAGAAAUUCCAUCUGACAACCUUACAACUUCAAGCGAAGAGCUUUUCACCAAUUCGGACGAGACAAAUCAAUUAACUCAAUCUUCUACAACUUUGCAUUCUAAAACAAGUUCAAGUUCUGCUUCACAAUCAUCAACCUUGCACAUCAAUUCAACAACAGAAGAAAUAAGUUACGUAACAAAUGCACGAUUACAUUAUACGGAAUUGCCAAUAACAAAACCCCAAGAAACAACUACAGAAAUACUUACAAAUACAGAAUAUGCUACAAAUACGUCUACAAUUUCUACAAUUGAGUCUAUUGCUUCCAUCCAAUCAGUUUUUACGCAACAAAGCCCAACAACUGAAUUUAGCAUACAAUCCACGGAGUCAACAGUAGAAAUUCCAUCUGACAAACUUUUAACUUCAAGUGAAGAGCUUCCCACCAAUGCGGACGUGACAAAUCAAUUAACUCAAUCUUCUACAACUUUGCAUUCUAAAACAAGUUCAAGUUCUGCUUCACAAUCAUCAACCUUGCACAUCAAUUCAACAACAGAAGAAAUAAGUUACGUAACAAAUGCACGAUUACAUUAUACGGAUUCACCAAUAACAAAACCUGAGGAAAUAACUUCACAAAUUCUUACAAAUAUUGGAAGUGUGGUCAAAGACAUUUCUACUGAUAAAACAGAAUUUUCUCAACAAUCAGAUAUAACAAAGCUCAUAAUAGGGUCUUCUACGACCGAAGCAGUAUACACAAAUAUGUCUUCGACCAAACGACCUAAUAUGCCAAAAGUAUUGUUUAGCACCAACGGUCCGGUAAAAAUAGAAGAACAAAAUCAAAAUUUAAACAUGCAUCACAUGCCGCACAAUUCACCCACAUCUACACCCACAACUACCAAAACAACUGCUAAUUUAUCUACAAAUAUGAUAACUGAAGGAGUUCAAGAAAAUACUUCAGCAUCAGAAGCUAUAACGAAAUUUACCUCAACAUUUAAAACAAAGACAUCUAGCACAUCUAGCAACGAGACUUGUAGAUAUACACCAGUGGACAGAAGUAAUAUUAUGACAAUGCUGAAAAGAACUGCAGAAAUUACCAAUGCAACAAAAACGUUAUCAAUUGAGACAACUACAACCAAAACUUCAGCAGCAACAACAGUUUCAACUACUGCUAGUUCCACAAUGAUAUCUACACCAACAUCAACUGAAAGUAUCACACCUGGUUCAACAUUUACUUCUACAAUUCCUAGUUCAACUACUUCAUUAAUAACUACAACUUCCGCUCCAAAAACCUCAAGUGGCCCUACUUCUACAUAUUCUCUUGUAACAAUAGCAAAUGUAGCUCCAACGUGCAAUGGUGAUUCUUCUUCACAUUCGAAACCCUGUAACAUUGAUAAAGACCAACAUACCUGCAUAUGUUCAGUUGAUUCAAUAGUGAAAGACCUUCAAGAAAAAUCUCGCUAUCCUAAUAUUAAUUCAGUUUUGACAAACAUGUGCGAAAUUUAUAUUCCACUCAACUCUACCGGUAUCAAAGUCGGGCGUUGUGCUAAUCGUCAACGUCGCAACUUGGACGACUAUGAUAUGGAUGCACAAGUAACACAGAAACCAAAACGAGAAGUAAUAGCGAGCGUGGACAUCAAAGACGCACUUAGCAAAGAUAUUGACUUAGAAGAAACUGAAGCGCAUAAAUUUGCCACAAUUGGCUCUACAGUUCGAAUGAUAUGCGCUGACGGAAAGAACUUUAGUUCAAAAGAUUACAACAUGAGAUGGACCAUAGGCAAAGACACACCACUCACAGGUAGUAAAACGCAAGAAACUGUAAGUGGUGAUUUAAUUAUAGCUAAUAUUGAACCAUCUGACGGGGGAACUAUACGUGUUCAGUGACUAACCAUCAAGUGGGAAUGCGAACAUUUAGACAUGAACUAUCAGUUAUUAGUUUACCAACAAUGGAUAUCAAUACAACUAUUUUGUAUGAAAUUAAUGUUGAUUGUUUAAAAGAAGAUGAGGAUCUAUUAAGACUAUAUUUUAAUACUGCCAUUGGAAAUAUGCUCUGUGGGAAGGAACAUAGAAUAUGUGCAAUUGAUAUCGUCAACUGCAGUUGUAUUAACAAGCAUAAGAAGUUUAUUUCAAUUGCGUUAGUAUUUCACAUUGAAGAGAUGCAUGUGAUUGUUCCUACAUUAAAUACAACACAGUGCAAUGUUUUAUGCCAAAUGAAAAUUUAUUCGAAACUGAUAUCAGUGAUAGUAAAUAAUAUUUUGGUGUUUGAAACACAGCCAGUUAUAUACAAACAUAGUCGUGAUGUCACACUUACUCCUUCGAAGGAUUCAACAUUGGCUUCUUAUGAAAUUACGGAAACACCAAAACUUAUUCUUGCAUGUGCUGCUGGUUACGGUUUACUUGGAGAUAAGCAUAUAUGUUCUGCAUGCGAUAAGAAUACUUAUAAUAAUGGUGGACUUGCUCGUUGUAUGCCUUGUCCACCGCGUCAUUAUCAGCCAUAUUCAGGAUCACGAACAUGCUUUAAAUGUACUUCUCCCUUUCAAGAUCCUGCGUGUAUGAAUAUGAUGGUUUUGAAUGUUAAAAAGUACAAAUAUUAUGCCUACGGUGCUUUGGUUAUUAUGACAUCAAUAGUCCUUUGUAUAAUCUGUAUGAGAUGUCGCCGCAGUAAGAAACAUGAUCGUCAAGUAAAAAUUGCUAGAAAAAGGAAACAGAGAGAUAUUGAAAUGCAUCCAAUGCUUACAUAUGAAACUCGAGAAAAAGAAACUCUGACACAAUUAAGUGUUAAAACGAGUAAUACCCGAAAGAAGCGGCGGUUUCCGAAAGCUACGCGUGCACCUCCCAUUCCUCAUAAACAGGACAUGGGCACAACCACACAUCCAGCUCCGAUUGCGAGAAUUACAACAUAUUCUAAUGUCAAUAAGAGAGUGCCACCGACGCCUCCUCCACCUGAUUUUUGACCCGCACAUCAGCGAUUGUACAAUAAGUACAUCUGAGCAAAACAAGGUGGUCCUAAUUAUGAUUAAGUCUAACAUGCGCAGUCACCGCGGCGUGGAAAGCCGCAUAUCGUUGCUAACGUGUUUAAUGUAGAACGAUGCAAGACGCGCAGGAUGAUUUUCAUCUAUAAAUUUAUUUAUUUUACAUCUAAGGCUCAUAUACAUUAAGCACUUUACGUAUAUUAUAAUAUUUUAUAUCUCACAUAA